CGACACCCACGACGUUACGCGCCGAUUCUCACGUACGGGAACCGAAUCUCCCGGCUCAAAACUCUACGAUCCGCCCAGGUCCGAGCUCCGCGAGCUCGAUUCAUGGCCGCAAUGGCCACCCAGAACCCGUCGGCGCCGGAGGAGAGGUUGGGGGUGCCUUCGAGGAAUCCGCUACCGCUUUCGGCAUCGCAGGAGGCUCAGGUUAGAGAUAUCUUUUACCAGAGGGUUCGGAAGGAGUGUGCAGAGGAGAUCAAGGCUUUUGCCGCCUGCGCCCUCGGCCGAACAUUCACCGUCUCAUUCGCCUGCCGUCCCGAGCACCGAACCAUGAAUAGCUGCAUGAAGCUUCAUGCAACGCAAGCCAACCACGACGCCGCGCGGGAGGAGUGGUUCGCGUUACGAAUCGAGAGACAGAGGGAGAGGGAGCGCAAGGCCAAGAUGGCAGCUGCGCAGGAAGAGUUUAUGCGCGAGUGGUGGGGUUUACCCGAGCACGUCCGGCUGUCGAGGCAGAAGGAGAUGGAGCAGAGGGGGGAGAGGAUACACGGGCUCACAACCAAGGACAGACCAGAGAAGUAAAGAGUCAGGAUGUGAGGGCGAGUAAAGAGACAAGGACAAGUAAAGAGUGGCUGGGAGAGCUAGUGUUGCAUCUGCGGCGUUUGGGAGGAUAUUGACAUCUACGCCGCUCUGACACGAGGGGUUUAACUGUACAGUUGAGGACGAUGGGAUUAUGGUGGUGAAUGUAAGAAUACAAGACAAGCGUCAAGCACAAGAAUAAAA